CCCACAUUCCAGCUCCACCAACGACUUUCGCCGCCCCCUCAUUCCUUCCACUUCACGAUUUCCACACCCUAGAUCCCAAAUCCCGGAUCGCAGCGACAAUCACUCCACGUGUACCCGCGAGACAAGUCACCAACUACGGUACAAACUUUGUUUCCGCACAUCGCAGGAAGGGUACAGUAACGGAGUGACGGACACUGCAGAAAAACGUGUCGCUAUAACAAGAUCAGCAUAUGAAAAUCUUAGCACCAUAUCCCGCUCCCAUAACGCCAUCCGUCCCCCCUCACCACCACCUCGUGUUGAAGUCGCCUGCGCUUGCCUGCUCCUUCGGCAUGCGUGUUCCUGGAUCACCCCAACCGUACUCAUGUCCAUCGAAACAGAUCUUUUUCUAGAACCAUGAAGUCCUACCUGCACGAGCAGCUGUAUGCACUCCUUAAUUCUCGCAACACGGCCACCACCACCACCACCAACAUUCGCCCACGGCCCUCCAAUUCGGAAAGCAAAUUGACGCACUCGACAUGUACCCGGGGCGCAGUUAGCACAAUAGGCUGCAUACCGCCAUCAAAGUACCCAUGCGAGUCUGACCGCAUCUGCGGCCGCCCGCACGAAGGAAUGCAGCUGCAGCAAGCAAGCACAGGACAUUCGCCGUCUGCAGGCUCAGAAGCACAGGCACCCUUACAGCAACAAUCUCACGACCGCGUAGGUACGUACUCGCCCAAUGCGGGCGCGCAGUGGCCCUGUUCUGUAAACCUCCGACCUCACCAGCCGGCCCUCAUCAAAGCGCAGAGCUCAGUGCUCGGAGAGAAAAGCCUCGCACCGCGAACCGGGAACGAGGAAGAGAGCGUCUAUCGCAGUAGCUUCGACGUGCCGGUAUCCGCACACCGCAAAAGUCGCCCGAAGCUCGCAGUAGUGACAUCACGAGUUCCUCCUGAUGCUUCGGUGCGAGACCAACGCCGGGGGCGAAAGCCCGUUGCAAAAUUUUCAUUGGCUGGGCUUCGAAAAUGCGACUGCGUGGAACAGAGCCAAUGGCAGGGAGCCAUUUUGCGUCGUUUUCGCGGUCAUGUGAGGCUGCAUUUCAGGCUAUAUGCGACGCUGAUAUAGGCUUCCGCUUUGGGAUGCGUGGGCGUCGAAUGCAGCAAUCCGGCGCUAGGCGCUCCGGGGGCCGUCUUUGGAGGUGCGGAUGGGAAUGAGUGCGAAUGGAAAACUGAUUUGGAGAGAUUUUCGAAAAAGGAUGAUGCGGGGGAUUGAGGAGGUUGGGAGAGCGAGGUACCGGCGUACCGGCAGUAGCGUGGUUAUGCGUUGGAUAAAUGAUAUGCAGAGCGAUUGAUCGG